UUUAGGGUUUUUGGAAUACCUACAGAUAAAAGGGUACCUUUUUGCCGAAUCGCCCUCGGUUCCACUCUUAAUCGUUUGAGGCGAGAACAGGAGACGGCGGCGGCAGACCAGCCAUGGUUCAUGUCAGUUUCUACCGCAACUAUGGAAAGACCUUCAAGAAGCCCCGCCGCCCGUACGAGAAGGAGCGGCUGGACGCGGAGCUGAAGCUGGUGGGGGAGUACGGGCUCCGGUGCAAGCGCGAGCUGUGGAGGGUGCAAUACGCGCUCAGCCGUAUCCGGAACGCCGCCAGGGAUCUGCUGACGCUCGACGAGAAGAACCCCCGCCGGAUCUUUGAGGGCGAGGCCCUGCUCCGCCGGAUGAACCGGUACGGCCUCCUCGAGGAGGGCCAGAACAAGCUCGACUACGUUCUCGCGCUCACCGUCGAGAACUUCCUGGAACGCCGCCUUCAAACGCUCGUCUUCAAGUCCGGGAUGGCCAAGUCCAUCCACCACGCUCGCGUCCUGAUCAGGCAGCGUCACAUCAGAGUCGGAAGGCAAGUGGUCAACAUCCCAUCAUUCAUGGUCAGAGUGGAUUCUGCAAAGCACAUUGAUUUCUCGCUGACAAGUCCAUUCGGUGGAGGCCGCCCGGGAAGGGUGAAGAGAAAGAACCAGAAGGCUGCUGCAAAGAAGGCAGCUGGAGGUGACGGCGACGAGGACGACGAGGAAUGAGCAUUGUGCUUUGGUUGUGCCUCACCUAAUAAUUUUUCUACACUUCAUUAGACUUGGAGUUUCUAUCUAUUUGCUCAAGAUUUUCCUGUUUUAAGGUAAGAAACUCCCAUCUUUCAGUUUUCCCUGUCAUUUCCAUGUUACCAUCUGCAGAUGGAUUUUGCUGGGAUUUGACAUGAUGAAGUAUUUUCUUUUCA